UCUUGGUGAGGUAGUCAGGGCGCGCCGCCGCCGCGUACAACGCGACACGGAGCAGCUAUGUGCGAGGUGGGCGAGGACUACCGGGAGCCCGCGCCCGCGGGGCCGCCGCCGCCACGGCCCAGCCGUGAGCAGAAGUGUGUGAAGUGCAAGGAAGGCCUGCCUGUCGUGGUGAUCCGAGCCGGAGAUGCUUUCUGCAGGGACUGUUUCAAGGCGUUUUACGUCCACAAGUUCAGAGCCGUGCUUGGAAAGAACCGGCUGGUCUUCCCGGGGGAGAAGGUAGGGUGUGGCACCGCCUCCCGCAGGCGGCCUGUCCCGGCCGCAUCCCGCACACCUGGACUCGGGGGCGGGGCGGGGCAUGUUGGGGGCGCAGUGCCUCCGGUGGUGUUCCUUCUCCCGCAGGUGCUCCUGGCGUGGUCCGGGGGGCCUUCGUCCAGCUCCAUGCUCUGGCAGGUCCUUGAGGGCCUGAGUCGAGAUUCUGCCAAGAGACUGCGUUUCGUGCCAGGGGUUGUCUACGCCGAUGAGGGAGCAGCCUGUGGCCAGAGCCCAGAGGACAGAGCAAAAACCCUGGCCGAGGCGAAGCUGGUCCUGCAGACCGUCGGCUUCCCGUGGCACAUCGUUGCCUUGGAAGAGGUGUUCAGCCUGCCGCCGUCUGUGCUGCGCUGCUCUGCCCGGGAGCCGGUGGGGACCGAGGGAGCCUACAAGGCGGCCGUGGACAGUUUCCUGCAGCAGCGGCAUGCCCUGGGGGAGCAGAGCCAGCCCUGCCCCCAGCACCCCCAGAGCCAGGUUGGGCCACCCCCAGCCAACCAGACUGAGGCUCUGUCCAGACUGUUCAACUCAGUGAAGACGCUGACGGCCAAGGAGGAGCUUCUGCAGACACUGCGGACCCACUUGAUCCUGCACGUGGCCCGGACCCACGGCUACUCCAAGGUGAUGACGGGGGACAGCUGCACCCGCCUGGCCAUCAAGCUCAUGACCAGCCUGGCACUGGGGAGAGGGGCCUUCCUCGCCUGGGACACGGGCUUCUCAGACGAGCGACACGGCGACGUGGUGGUGGUGCGGCCCAUGCGCGAGCACACGCUGAAGGAGGUCGCCUUCUACAACCGCCUGUUCGCCGUCCCCUCCGUCUUCACACCGGCCGUCGACACCAAGGCCCCCGAAAAGGCCAGCAUCCACCGGCUGAUGGAGGCCUUCAUCCUCAGGCUGCAGGCCCAGUUUCCCUCCACGGUCAGCACCGUGUACAGGACGAGCGAGAAGCUGGUCAAGGCGCCCAGGGACGGCUGUGCUGCCGGCACCCCCGGCCCCCGCUGCCUGCUCUGUAUGUGCGUGCUGGACGUCGACACUGCUGACAGUGCCACGGCUUUUGGGGCGCAGACCUUCUCGCAGCUCCCCCAGACGCAGCCCCCCGUCGCACAGGCUGAGGCGCCCACCGUGUCCUCCUGCUGCUCCGGGAUGGGCGGGGCCCGGCGCUGCUGCAGGCCGGAGGAGGAGGAGGAGGAGGAGGAGGAGGAGGACCCCCGGGCCCACGUGACUGAGCAGCUGUGCUACGGCUGCCGUGUGAACAUGAAGGACUUGCCCUCCCUGGACCCCCUGCCACCCUACAUCCUGGCCGAGGCCCAGCUCCGCAGCCCGAGGGCCAAGGCUGAGCAGCAGAUCCAGGAGUACCUACUGGAGGACCACGAGGACGCGGCACGGCCUGGCGAGAGCUGAGCCCGAGGGCCAGCGCCUGGGCCGGGAGGCCCCGGGUCUCACCCGAGGCAGAGCUGGAAGGCA